AUCUGAUUCUUGCAGUGCACUUAAUCGCCUUGUCUAUUUAAGCGAUUCGAAAACAAAAACGUGCUACGACUUGGAAUGCGAAUGGAGAGGGAGAGAGACGAAGCGAAAGAGAAGAAGACCGCAAAAGGCAUCGAAGCGAGCGCGGCUUAAGAACGUGUGAGCAAAACAAACGAGCCGAGGGAAAAGAGAUAAACAAACGUUUCAAGUGAAAGUCGAACACAGAAACAGAAAAGGAGACAGAAAAGGCGAACAGCAAAUUGGUUAUUUCUGACGCGUUAACACGGCUUGAAACCGCUGGAAGUCGAAGUCAGACGCCGAGCAAUUGGACUCCACGGCAGUCAGUUGGCCAAGAUCGAGCGAGAGGCUUAGACACACGGAGGCAGUGGCCCAGUAACUAGACUUUCAGAUCACCCGUACUAACUGAUCUAGCAAAUAUAGUUCGGCCGUCCCUGGGAAAUGUGCGAAAUCGCCACCUGACUGACAUCCCCCGAAAAUUUUCCAGUUUAUUACCAACGCAGCAUUAAAAAAAAUAUUUUUCUUAUACAGAAUUGGAGUGAAGCGGAAGAGAACAGACAGCAGCAGCGAAACCAGAGAUUCACUAUCGAAUCCAUCGCUUAGCCAGCUAUGUCGGAGGCUGCCACGCCCCCAGGAUCAGUGCCAGGUACAGUAUUCCCACCUGGUUUCGAUCCCACCGCCGAAUCGGUGGAGAAGACCCUCUGCUUCCGGGGUUUCUGGGCCUGGGCCGUGCUGAUACUGCUGAUUGCCCUUGGCAUAUCGCUCUUCAUGUGGCUGCUGCGCAAGUGCAUCCAGGGACCGGCCUACCGGAAGGCCAAUCGCAUCGAUGGCAAGGUGGUCAUCGUCACCGGCUGCAACACGGGCAUUGGCAAGGAGACAGUUCUCGAAUUGGCCAAGAGAGGUGCCCGCAUCUAUAUGGCCUGUCGGGAUCCCGGACGUUGUGAGGCCGCACGUCUGGAUAUCAUGGAUCGCAGUCGUAACCAGCAGCUCUUCAAUCGCACCCUCGAUCUGGGCUCGCUGCAGUCGGUGAGGAAUUUCGUGGAGCGCUUCAAGGCCGAGGAAUCCCGGCUGGAUAUACUGAUCAAUAAUGCCGGCAUAAUGGCCUGUCCCAGGACCCUCACAGCCGAUGGCUAUGAGCAGCAAUUCGGUGUCAAUCAUCUGGGACACUUUUUGCUCACGAAUCUGCUGCUGGAUCGCUUGAAGCAUAGCUCGCCUAGUCGCAUUGUGGUGGUCAGUUCGGCGGCCCAUCUCUUUGGGCGGAUUAAUCGCGAGGAUCUGAUGAGCGAGAAGAACUAUGGCAAGUUCUUUGGCGCGUACAGUCAGUCGAAGUUGGCCAACAUCCUGUUCACCCGCAAGCUGAGCACCAUCCUCAAGGACACCGGCGUGACGGUAAACUGUUGCCAUCCGGGCGUGGUGCGCACGGAGCUCAAUCGCCACUUUGCCGGUCCCGGCUGGAUGAAGAGCGUCCUGCAGACGGGCUCCCUGUACUUCUUCAAGACCCCCAAAGCGGGCGCCCAGACCUCGCUGAGAUUAGCCCUGGAUCCGAAGUUGGAGAACUCCACUGGUGGCUACUACUCGGACUGCAUGUGGUGGCCUCUGGUUCCGUGGGCCCGGAAUAUGCAGACCGCCGACUGGUUGUGGCGGGAAAGUGAGAAACUGGUGGGUCUGCCACCACUAGAGCCACCUCCUCCUGGCCAGAACCCCACCCAGAAUGGCAAUGGCACUCAAAGCAGUGCUGCCAGUGGCAAUGGUAAUGGUAAUGGGAAUGGUAAUGCCAAUCCCGCUUCACGGGAAAUGCAGUCCGUCGAAACGGUCGUGGUCAAUCGUUCGUAGUCGUAGUCAGAGUCCGAGUCCUUCAUUGGAGUGCAGACCUUGCUCUUAAUUAAAUUCCCUAUAAUAUGGCGUGCUUGACUAGCCUUGGAAAUACCCAGUGCGGAAUGAGGUCGUUCGGGGUCUGAUUUAUAGAGAUACAUAUGUAUAUGUAUGUACAUAUGUAUUUAUAGUAAAUAGUGUUUUUGGGAACUGUGUUCGGCUGCUUAAUAUAUUUUUUGAUUUUCACUUGAAACUUAUUGAAAGAAGUUCUUAAAAUUGUUCCAUAAUAUUUAACUAAGCUGAACUGCGGAUUUCCAGGGUAUUUGAGUAUUCGGUCACCGAAGCUAGCUUUUGCAUACUCUUACAUAUGUACAUGUUUUUUUUUUUUGUCGCUCUCGUUCUGUACAUAAUUUUAAGGAAAAGAAAACCCAUUAAAAUAAAAUUUAAACCUGA